GGUAGGCAUGAUGCUCCUCUCAUUACUGACAGGCGCCAGAGACCAGAAGCGCGCACCAGCCACCAGGGAGCGCGCUCGUCUCCCCCGGGAAGAAGAAGCAGCAGGAGGAGAGCAGGCGGCGAGCACGCGAGAAUGCGCGCCGGCGGGCGGGAGGACGAGGAGGCGUCGCGGAAGCUCAAGAGCAUGGACGUGGACAAGGCGGAGAACGGCGGGGGCGCCGGGGAGGAGAGCCCGCGGCCCGCCGUCAAGUACUACGGCUGGAAGGCCAUGCCCUUCAUCAUCGGCAACGAGACGUUCGAGAAGCUGGGGACGCUGGGCACGUCGGCGAACCUGCUGGUGUACCUGACGCAGGUGUUCCACAUGCGGAGCGUGGACGCCGCCACCCUCCUCAACGGGCUCAACGGCACCACCAGCCUCGCCCCCAUCAUCGGCGCCUUCCUCUCCGACGCCUACCUCGGCCGCUACCUCGCGCUCGCCAUCGCCUCCGUCGCCUCCCUCAUCGGAAUGUUCCUGCUGACGCUGACGGCCGGCGCGGACAGCCUGCACCCGGCGGAGUGCCCCGCGGCGGACGGUCCCUGCGGGAACAAGGCGACCUCGUACCAGCUCGCGGUGCUCUUCAUGGCCUUCGCGUUCCUGGUGCUGGGCUCCGCGGGCAUCCGCCCCUGCAGCAUGCCCUUCGGCGCCGACCAGUUCAACCCCCACACCGAGUCCGGCCGGCGCGGCAUCAACAGCUUCUUCAACUGGUACUACUUCACCUUCACCGCCGCCAUGAUGAUCUCGGCCACCGUCAUCAUCUACGUCCAGAGCAACGUCAGCUGGCCCAUCGGUCUCGGCAUCCCCACGGCGCUCAUGUUCCUCGCCUGCGUGCUCUUCUUCAUGGGCACCAGGCUGUACGUGCGCGUCACCCCCGAGGGGAGCCCCUUCACCAGCGUCGUGCAGGUGCUGUCGGCCGCGCUCAAGAAGCGGUCGCUGAAGCAGCCCAAGGACCCGAAGCAGGACCUCUUCGACCCGCCGCACACCAGCGCCAUGGUCACCAAGCUCGCGCACACGGACCAGUUCCGGUGCCUCGACAAGGCGGCCAUCGUGGCGUCGCCCGAGGAGGUGCGCCCGGGCGGCGCCGCGCCGGCGGACCCCUGGAGGCUCUGCAGCGUGCAGCAGGUGGAGGAGGUGAAGUGCCUCAUCCGCAUCGUGCCGGUGUGGUCGACGGGGAUCAUCUACUACGUGGCCGUGGUGCAGCAGUCCACCUACGUGGUGCUCUCCGCGCUGCAGUCCGACCGCCGCCUCGGCAACUUCCACAUCCCCGCGGCGUCCUUCACCGUCUUCGCCAUGCUCGCGCAGACGCUCUGGAUCCCCUUCUACGACCGCCUGCUGCUGCCCAAGCUCCGGAAGGUAACCGGCAAGGAGGAGGGGUUCACGCUGCUCCAGCGCCAGGGCAUCGGCAUCGCGCUCUCCACCGUCGCCAUGGUCAUCUCGGCCAUCGUCGAGGACAGGCGCCGCGCCAUCGCGCUGAGCCACCCGACGCUGGGCACCACCAUCACUGGCGGGGCCAUCUCGGCCAUGUCCAGCCUGUGGAUGGUGCCGCAGCUCAUGGUCCUGGGCCUGUCGGAGGCGUUCAACCUCAUCAGCCAGAUCGAGUUCUACUACAAGGAGAUCCCCGAGCACAUGCGGAGCGUGGCGGGGGCGCUGGCCUUCUGCAACCUGGCGCUCGGCAACUACCUCAGCGGAUUCCUGGUGACCAUAGUGCACCGGACGACGGGCUCCGGGCGGAACUGGUUGGCGCAGGACCUCAACAAGGGUCGGCUCGACCUCUUCUACUGGACCAUCGCCGGCAUCGGCGUCUUCAACUUCAUCUACUUCGUCAUCUGUGCCAGGUGGUACAGGUUCAAGGGGACCAGCAACUGAUCGCCCUGAGGAGGUGGGCCGGGUCAUCGUCAUCUCACGAGUGCAGGCAUCAAUGAGCUCUGAACUAUGUGGUGAUGGAUAUCUGGCUGGUUGCUUGGUUGCGUAAUUAUGUCAUGGCUUUGGGAGAGCAUAAGAAAAAAAAAGGCGUUAGUAUAAGGCCCUGAUAAUUAAUUUGUGAAAAUUUGUGUUUACGAUAGUAGUUGGUCGAUAAUGCCUCUUCUUUUUGUUUAUUGUAAUUUUGUUACUGGUGCUUUCAUUUGGAUCUAUAGGAUGAUGAAAGAGAAGAAAGAAACAAAAGAGUUGGUUUCUUGUAAGUGCUUAAACUGAAAUAUAAAUGGAUGUCAAGAUUAAAUGAAAGUUCAAGCUCGGUUCCCAGCU